AUGGAAUACAGAACCCUAGAACUCAACAUCAUAUCCGCCAAAGACAUAAAGAAUGUUAAUCUUUUCUCCAAGAUGGACGUUUACGCCGUCGUUUCGCUCUACGGUGACCCUCUUCAUCAUCAAAGUUCAACCACCCCCGUCGACAAAGAUAGCGGAACCAACCCCAAGUGGAACUUUCCGAUGAAAUUCUCCGUCAACGAAACGCUCGCCAAGGAGAACCAUUUGUCCCUCGAGAUCAAGCUCGUCUCCGACCGCACCCUCGGUGACACCGUCAUCGGCACCGUCCAUGUUCCUCUCAGGGAGAUUAUCGACAACCCCGGUGACGACGACAACUUCCGACAUGUCACUUACAAGGUCAUGAAAUCUGCAGGAAAAUCCAAGGGAUCUUUGAAUUUAUCUUACAAACUCGCCCAGAAUGCAUCUGCUCGGUUUGCGGCCAAGGCGGCCGCCCCGAAGGCAGAGACGGAGCCGGUCAUGGCGUACCCUCCUCAGCCAUCGGCGGGAUCUAGUUCGGUUCCGUACGGAACAUCACACCCUCCGCCACAAUAUGCUGCUUCAGGAUAUGGAUAUCCAACCCAACAGCCUUAUGGUGGAUACCCACCGGCUCAACCAGCAUACGGGUAUCCACCUCAACAAGCAUACGGUGGAUAUCCUCCACAGCCGGGUUAUGGGUAUCCGCAACAACCGGGAUAUGGGUAUCCACAAGCCCAGAAACCAAAGAAGAACAAGUUUGGGAUGGGGUUGGGAGCCGGAUUGCUCGGUGGUGCCUUGGGUGGCAUGUUGAUCGGAGAUAUGGUAUCUGACGCAGCAGCUUAUGAUGCAGGCUUUGAUGCUGGAUUUGAUGAUGCUGGAGGAUUUGAUUUUUAA